CAUUGGCCCAAGGUGUCCAUGUAAAUAGGUGUAAAUGAAACCAGAUUAUGCCUUUCUCCCAGCCCCCUCCUCCCCGUUCCCCUCCCCCUGCUCCCAAGGCGAUUGUCAGAUGAUAGCAAAGAAGUGGCACAUUAAUGAAGCGCCUCUACAGGGGUCUUUUCUGCUCAUGUCACCACAUAAAACUAUCAGAUGGUUAGAGGAAGGACAUGGAGGCAACUACUUAGCUCACUGCGGCUGCAGAGAAGCGGACGAGCCUCUGCUACAGCCCAGCUGCCGGUGGUGUAAAAGAAGCCCGCAAAGGAGAAGGGAGGGUGUACAGGAGGACUCCCAACCCCGAGCCAGCUCGCUGUCUCCUCAGGACUAAACCGGAGCAGAGCGGCGGGGGAAGGAGAAGGAGACACGCCGAAGGAGCGGGGCGGGAAAGAGCCCGGACUCCGGCUGCGUCCCGGAUGCGGACUGUCAACUUCGAGCAACUUUAAGAUAUCCGCGGGUCCCCCACCGAAGAUGCCUCGCCCGGGCAGAAACACUUACAGCGACCAGAAGCCUCCCUACUCCUACAUCUCGCUGACCGCCAUGGCGAUCCAGAGCUCCCCGGAGAAGAUGCUGCCCCUGAGCGAGAUCUACAAGUUCAUCAUGGACCGCUUCCCCUACUACCGGGAGAACACGCAGCGCUGGCAGAACUCCCUCCGCCACAACCUCUCCUUCAAUGACUGCUUCAUCAAGAUCCCGCGCCGCCCCGACCAGCCGGGCAAGGGCAGCUUCUGGGCGCUGCAUCCCAGCUGCGGGGACAUGUUCGAGAACGGCAGCUUCCUGCGCCGCCGCAAGCGCUUCAAGGUGCUGCGCUCGGAGCAGCUGGCGCCCAGCAAGCCGUCGGACGCGGCGCAGUACCUGCAGCAGCAGGCCAAACUGCGCCUCAGCGCCCUGGCCGCCUCCGGCACCCACCUGCCCCAGAUGCCCACCUACAACCUCGGCGUGUCCCAGACCUCCAGCUUCAAGCACCCCUUCGCCAUCGAGAACAUCAUCGCCAGAGAAUACAAGAUGCCCGGGGGGCUCGCCUUUUCCACCAUGCAGCCCAUGCCGGCAGCCUACCCCCUUCCCAACCAGUUGACUACGGUGGGCAGCUCCAUCGGUACGGGCUGGCCCCACAUGUACAGCUCCGGCAUGAUCGACACCGCCACCCCCAUCUCCAUGGCCAGCGGCGAGUACGGCGCCUACGGCGUCCCCCUCAAGCCGCUCUGCCACGGUGGGCAGACGCUGCCGGCCAUCCCCGUCCCCAUCAAGCCUGCUCCGGCCGCGGUGCCGGCCCUGCCUGCCCUGCCCGCGCCCAUCCCCACCAUCCUCUCGAACUCGCCGCCCUCCCUCAGCCCCACGUCCUCGCAGACGGCCACCAGCCAGAGCAGCCCGGCCACCCCCAGUGAGACUCUCACCAGCCCGACGCCCGCGCUGCACUCCGUGGCCGUGCACUGACCCCGGCCGAC